AUGCGACAGCUUCGAGUGUCAAGUGAAUCCGAUGGUGAGGCUGCCUUUGUGCAGGUGCCGAACAGCCUAUCCAGCAACAAGGGGUUUAUCUUUCGUGUCGUCUUCCUGUUCGCCUUCAUUGCCCUAUGCGCAUGCUGGUUUUUGCCAAAGCGGGCCACUAUCACAAGAGGUGAAGUUGUGGGCCUCAGCGAAGAACUGAACAGGAUUGCGAUAAUGGAAGAAUCCUUGCCUGCGGCCUGUGACUCUGCCUCUCAGUUGACCGCGGUAGUCAAGGAGGUGUCAACUGGGAAGGCCGACAAAGAGACCGGGGCCACAUUCUUGGGAGCCGUACGUUCGACCUCUGAAAUCUGUGCCAUAGUGGCGACGGCAGCCAACCUUGCAAGCGCAGGGACAGCCAGUGCGUACACCGUCGGGAUUUGCGGCAGCAUUGCCAUUGCCGCAAGUAUGGGAGGGGCGGCCUUGGCCGAUGAAGCGUCCGGUGGGGAGGUUCUUGAAUCCAAGGUGAAUGGCAUGAUCACCAAACUGAGUAAGAAAAUGAAUCGUGAAUUUCAAGUACUGAAAGACGAGAUAAGCGAUGGCUUUGAUACCGUAUUGGACGGAGUGAAGGACGUCAAAAAGUUAGUCCUCACGGGCCAGCUUGAUGACAUCCAUACAACCAUCAGUGUAGUAAAUGGAUGGUACAAGGACUACAUCAUUGAACUCGGCUUGAGCGCAUCUGAAUCUGGCCUUGUUGAUUCGACGCUCAGAAGCUAUGAGAGCGCCCUGAGUCCAGACAAGUUCGAAACAUAUGUGGACACCGCACUCCAGUUGGAGAAGAGCUGGGAGCGCACCGUCCAGUUUCAUGUUCCAAAAUUUGUGAGGGCCCGAACGCAGAUCCUUGCUUUGCGUGAGGCUCUGUGCCUCCUCGAGCGCACAUGCAAGCAAGAAUUUUUCACGAAUCGGGCGAAUGAUGUGAAAAAUGACAUGAAGGAGUACAAGAAGACAGUGGCCAAGAAUUCCCUGUUCGACAUUUCCAAUAAGAAUUUCGCAGAUCUUGGGCAUGCCUGCUUCAAAUGGCACAGUGACAGUGAAUACCGCUCUAUACAUGGAUACAUUGACGACCUGCCCAAGACCCUUACACGUUUGGACCUGCCCGAUACCAUCAAUGUGCGCGGCAAUGUGAAGAAUCUACCUCGGCACUUGACAUACAUUCAACAUCAUUCAACUACUGGGAAGGCCCUGCCGUUGGCCCUCGUGGCAAUGCAUUGGCGGUCAGAUUGA